UGCUACACGAUACAGUACACAUAUUUCAACUAGAUAUUAUAUUUGUGCAGCUAGCCUACUGCACRUCUUUUGAUGGCACAGUUACUUUAUCGGUUGGUUGUAAACCUGAUGAGUUAAACGACAGAUGAAAAAUAUUUUUGUUUUUCAUGUAKUGUACGCCUACGUAGAAUGGAAAUACCUUCGGCUGUGCAAUUAUGACUGUAGGAUAUUUCAUGUUUGCCCUCUAAAAAGGUUACACCGGAAACAAACUAUAGGAGGAAUAGAAACCUGAUGCUUUUGUUACCGAGGACUGUUGAGCUACAUCACACCUCAACAGACCUCGUAUCAUUGUGUACAUGGGAACGGGAGGGCAUCAAGCUAAACUGAAAGGACAGGCACAACAGCUUCCAACUUGACCAUGGAAUAUGACGAAAAAAACAUCACUUAUGAUGACGAAUAUACAGACGAGGUCUGUAACAAGGAACGUGUUGUCAAGUUUGGCUCAAUCGCCACCCCUGCCUUCUUCUCUGUGGUGACCAUCCUGAGUCUAGCAGGCAACAUCCUUGUCCUGGUCAUCCUGGCCAAGUACGAGAACCUCAAGUCUCUCACCAACAUCUUCAUUCUCAACUUGGCCCUAUCUGACCUGGUGUUCACCUUUGGUCUGCCCUUCUGGGCAGCCUACCACAUCUGGGGCUGGACCUUUGGCUGGUUCCUCUGCAAGACCGUCACCUUUGUCUUCUACGCAGGCUUCUACAGCAGCGUUUUGUUCCUGACCAUCAUGACGAUCCACCGCUACCUGGCAGUGGUGCAUCCUCUGUCCGACCACGGCUCCCAGAAGGGCUGCUACGGGGUCACGGUCUCGCUCGUCAUCUGGGCGAUCAGUUUUGGUUCGGCCGUCCCCGCUUUGAUUUUCAGCUCUGUCCAAAAGAAUCCCCACAAAGAAGACAAACAUUUGCAUUGUGAAUACAGCGUUCUGCUGUGGAAGAAAGUGAGCACACACCAACAGAACGUCUUCUUCUUGGCUGCUUUUGCAAUUAUGGGUUUCUGCUACGUGAGGAUAUUGAGGACAAUCUUCAAGUCAAGGUCACACACGAGGAAUCGAACCAUGAACCUGAUCUUCAGUAUAGUGGCAGUAUUUUUCCUUGGCUGGGCGCCUUACAAUGUGGUGAUCUUUCUGAGGUUGUUAACUGACUACUCCGUAGCACCUUUCAACGAUUGUGAGGUCAGCGUGAAGCUCGACUAUGCGUUCUACGUGUGUCGACUCAUUGCUUUCUCCCACUGCUGUCUCAACCCUGUCUUCUACGCAUUUGUUGGGAUCAAGUUCAGAAAUCACUUGAAGGUUGUUCUGCAGAAACUUUGCUGGCGCCAAAGCACCAUAGAUUCACAACAGAUUAGAGUGACUAAUGUUCCCUCAAGGGAAUCAAUGUAUUAGUCUGGCUCUUGAAGUGUCAGAGCACCAUGGACUGAGCAGACUUCCGUCCAACCAUGAUCAAUUGUAAAUUUCCCUUUUUGCUUUUUCAAUACAUUAAGAGUGUUACUUUUUAUCUUUUAUUUCCAUUACUUUUUAUCAUUGUCAUUUUGUCUUGUUCUUUUCAUUCUUUUGUUAAUCCCACUAUUGGUAUUUUAACAAGGGUUAAAAUACUGUGUCUUAUGAAUGAGUAUAACGUAUCAA